GCAGGGUGAUCAUAUGCUGGCCUGUGCUCGGCCGAAAAGGUCUUGAUUUUCAAAAUGGCUCCUCACUUUUGCAGAAAAUUCACCCACGUCUGCGUCUUCUUACUUUUUGCUUUUUGGCCAACAAGUUCGACCAGUAUCGCCCUUCCACUAGAGGAAAAACUGCAACAAUUAACCGACAGCUAUGUUAAAUUCAAGGAAAUCAUUGGGUCAAAAGUGUCUCAGUUGGAGAAAAAAGUGGCUGAAUUGGAAGUUAUAAAUGGCCAACUUCAGACGAAAAAUGUCCAGUUGGAAGAAGUGAUUACGCAAAUGGCGCCGGCAACACUAGUGCAACCAAUAGACAAACAAAAUGUUGAAGCAAAAGAAGAUUUGGCUUCAAAAGUUCCACCACUUGAAACACUUUCGUUUGUUGUGAACCAGAUAUUGAAAUUCAAGGAAGUUGUGGGUGAAAAAGUGGUACAACUUGAACAGAAAGAUGCUGAAUUGGAAGGCAAAAUCAAUCAGCUCGAGUCUAAGGCAUUAUUGGUUGCCCAACGAGAAAUGAAAGUUGAAAACGAUGAACCGAUCCUAAAGGCCAGUUUUAAAUUUGCGACAAAUGAACUAGACACACAACAUCGACUGCCAGGAAGAAGCAAAACACCAAGAACAUGCCGAGAAAUUUACUCAAGUGAGCCAUCGGCGAAUUCAGGAAUGUAUUGGAUUGAUCCAGACGGCCAUGGAGUGGGAGAUGACGCUAUUUAUGUUUAUUGUGACAUGACAACAGGGUCGACUUCCAUUGCCCACGACAGCGAAUCACCAAUUAACGUGGGUCAUUGUGCUGAACCCGGAUGCUACUCGAGGACAAUCAACUACAAUGCGAGUAAUAAACAAAUUAAAGCAUUAAUUGAAUUGUCAGCACAGUGCCAUCAAUCCAUUGUCUACGAGUGCCACUAUGCUCCAUUUGAGUUCAACAACGUCCCUUUCGCCUGGUGGAGUGACAGGAAUGGAAAUCCGCAAUAUUUUUGGACGGGAAGCUUUGAAAAAGGGAUUCAUGCUUGCCAGUGUAGCGUUGAUGGAAAUUGCAUAGAUGCUUCAGUUAUGUGCAAUUGUGAUGCCACUGCUCCAACACCAUUAGCCGACAAAGGUUUUAUAACUGAUAAAAAAAUCCUUCCCGUAACCCGUCUGAAUUUUGGACGAACUCAGUUCGAAAUAUCCUCUGGUGUACACACGCUGGGCAGAUUCGAAUGCUCUGGAAGGGCGGACGUUGCACAAGUUCCAACGUCUUGUGAGGACUUAUGGCAUAUAGGCCACACCCUGAACGGAUUCUAUUCCGUCAUGGGCCCUGCUAUGAUGGAAACGGUGUUUUGCAAUUUUACCAAACUACCUGGAGAUGACGAUUUUCAGAAGCUGAUUGGUUACAUCGACGUCAAGUCAGUGCCAACCUACUUCUACGUGCAGAGAAGCGAACGAUUCUCCAAAGUGAACACGUCCAUCCCAUUCGAUGUUGCACUUGUCAACAUAGGAAACGCAAUGAAUUUGACAACGGGCAUUUUUACAGCCCCGCGGGCUGGAACGUAUUUCUUCUCUUUCACGGGGCUGGCGGAAUUCCCAACCUUUUCCUCCUUACUCUAUUUAGGAAUAGAUCUUUAUCUCAACGAUAAUCUCAUUGGGAGGGGUUUUGUGGAAGAUGCCAACACCACCGCCGGCCAGUUUAGCCCAAUAACUCUCCAGUCGACAUUGAAUUUGCAACCGGGCGAUCAAGUGUGGCUGGAAAUUGAUUCUCUAAUGCCUUUCGUUGUUGACGAUGGUACUGCUCGUCGCAAUAAGCGAAUGCUUCCGACAAAAGGAGUCGUUUUAUUUGACGACAGCCGCCAUUUUACUCAUUUUACCGGCUGGAUGUUGGAAGAAGACAUUUCGCAAUCGUUUUAAAAUGCAAACUCACACGACUAACACCGUUUCGACCCUGCUCCUGUGCAAUAC